ACACACACAUGGUCUCAGGUUCUGUUGUAUAGUAGUUACGUCACUGGUUACACCCAUAGCGCUUACAUUAAUACAGGUUUUGAAUUUGUGCAGCCAGGAAUAACUGGACUGAGGCAUAAUGAUGAACCCUUUCUUCCAAAAUGAUGACACCUAUUAUUGUGUUAUGUAUAGGACAACUCAUUUCUUUUUUAUUUAUACACUUUACUUGAGCAGCACUUAAUAUCUAGUGAUUGUAUAGCUUAGGAAAAUAGUUUGCUUUUAGUUAAUAACUUUGCUGCACAAUGGAAAAUGUCCUGUGGAUUCCUAAGCUACAGUGCUAGUGUGAGAUCAGUGGAGGUGCCACUCUCUGUCUUUUAUCUAAGAUCAGUGACCUCCCCUCCCAUGAUAGGAUCAGUGAAAAUCAACGCAGGCUGUCUGCACACACCCCCGACACAAGCAGCAGAAGCAGCAGCAGCAGGCUCACUGGAAUCAGAAUCGGGAUGAUUAAGGCACGCUUGUGUGUUGGGUUAAAACACUGGAGGAGGGGUACAGAGGAAGAAAAUAUAGGAAACGGAAGCCAACCAAAAGUGUAAUAGUAGCAGCAGUCUGUCCAACAGCAGCACCAGCACAGGGACCCUCCUCUGAUCAGCCCCCCCUACUUGUCCUCAGCCCCAGCAGUAAUCAUACUAGUUAACACUAGGUGAAUCGCAGCCUGCUCUCUGUUCUUGACUCCUCACUCUAAAACCUGCAACAGUCUGGAUGCUAUAGGACCAUGCACAGCUGCUUCUCCACUGGCAAGUGCCUGCUGCCAAUGUGCCUCACCUUUCCUGGAAUUUCCAUCACAUUUACUGGCUGGAUUCUUGUUCUCUCUUCUCUGGUUCAAAUGUCUCUGGCAUCCUCAUUCUUGACAGCAGCACCUGGAUGCUAUAGGACCAUGCACAGCUGCCCAUCCACUGGCAAGUGCCUGUUGCAAAUGAGUCUCAACUUUUCUGAAAUUCUCAUCACAUUUACUGGCUGGAUUCUUGUGCUCUCUGCUCUUGCUCAGAUGUCUCUGGCAUCCUCAUUCUUGACAGGAUCGAUCGCCAAAUGCGAAAAUGAGGGAGAAGCCCUACAAAUUCCAUUUAUCACUGAUAAUCCUUGUAUCUCUUGUGUGUGCCUGAACAAAGAAGUUACCUGCAAACGAGAGAAGUGCCCAAUACUGUCCAAGGAUUGCGCUUUGGUUAUAAAGCAGAGAGGAGCUUGCUGUGAACGCUGUAAAGGUUGCAACUACCAAGGCAACCACUACAACAGCUCAAUGAAAUGGAGAGACUCCACACAGCCUUGCAUUACUCAUCAGUGUCAGGAGGGUGUUAUUACGGAAUCUGAAGUUCAGUGCCUAGUCCACUGUAAGAAUCCACUUAGACAGUCAGGAUUGUGUUGCCCAACAUGUCCAGGUUGCAUAUAUGAGGGCCGACAGUAUAAAGAAGGAGACGAAUUUCGUCCAGAAGGGAAUAAAUGCCUUAAAUGUUUUUGCAUCGGAGGCAGGACAGAGUGCAUAAAGGAGGUAUGUCCAAUUCUGUCAUGUCCCCAGCAUCUUAGUCACAUCCCUACAGGACAGUGCUGCCCUAAAUGUAUAGGCCAACGAAAGGUUUUUGACCUACCAUCAGGCAGUUGCCUUUUCCGAAGUGAUGUCUAUGACAAUCAUUCCACUUUUAUGUAUGAUCACUGCACUACAUGUACCUGCAAGGACUCAACUGUUGUUUGCAAGAAGAAAUGCUCUCCUGUGGGUGCAUGUAACAGAGAUAAGGAACAAUGCUGUGAAGAUUGUGUAUCCUAUGUAACUGCCGAAGAAGUCAAAAUAUGCAAGUCUGGGAGCAAAAUAUUUAGGGAUGGGGAGAUGUGGUCUUCUGUAAACUGCACUAUCUGUUCUUGUGUGAAAGGCAAGACUGAGUGUCACAAAAAACAAUGCAUUCCAGUGAACAGCUGCCCACAAGGCAAAAUACUAAAUAGAAAAGGAUGCUGUCCUAUUUGCACUGAAAAACCUGGAGUAUGCACUGUAUUUGGGGACCCCCACUACAAUACUUUUGAUGGGAGAACCUUCAACUUUCAAGGAACCUGCCAGUAUGUUUUAACUAAAGACUGCUCCUCUUCUACCUCAUCCUUUCAAGUGCUAGUAAAAAAUGAUGCACGAAGGACCCAUUCUUUUUCAUGGACAAAAUCAGUUGACCUAAUUAUGGGAGAGAGCAGUAUUAGCCUUCAGCAACAUCUUACAGUUAAAUGGAAUGGAACGCGAAUAUCAUUACCUUAUGAAACACCACAGUUUCAUAUUGACCUUGAUGGCUACCUUUUGAAAGUUACAACAAAAGCAGGUCUAGAAAUUUCAUGGGAUGGAGAUAGUUUUGUUGAAGUAAUGGCUGCCCCACAUCUAAAGGGAAAGCUCUGUGGCUUGUGUGGUAACUACAAUGGGCAUAAACGGGAUGAUCUGAUAGGAAGUGAUGGAAAUUUUAAGUUUGAUGUUGAUGACUUUGGAGACUCCUGGAGAGUAGAGUCCAAUGAAUUCUGCAGUCGCCCACAAAGGAAAACCAUACCUGAACUAUGCCAAGGAACUGUGAAAGUGAAACUCAGAGCUCACAGAGAAUGCCAAAAACUAAAAUCUAGGGACUUUCAGAACUGUCACUCCACAGUGGAUUAUGCAUUGUUCUACAGAUCAUGCGUGACAGAUAUGUGUGAAUGCCCAGUGCAUAAAAACUGUUACUGUGAAUCCCUAAUUGCCUAUGCCAGAGCAUGUUUACGGGAAGGAGUGAAUGUACACUGGAAGCCAGAACACAGUUGUGCAGCAGUCCAGUGUAAAAAUGGAGCCGUAUAUGAUACCUGUGGACCUGGGUGCCUCAAGACUUGUGACAACUGGAAUGAAAUUGGUCCGUGCAAUAGACCUUGUGUGGCGGGAUGCCACUGCCCUGCCAACUUUGUGCUUCACAAAGGAAAAUGUAUUAAACCAGCUCUUUGCCCGCAGCGGUGACAAUAAGCAUCCAUCAAAGACUUCUGAAGUUAUUUUUAAAGCUCUCUCCCAAUGAAGGACUCAACUGUUUAAACUUGUAAAUAUAUUUCAUGUUGAUACAGCCACACAGAAACAAUUAAUAUAAAUAUAUAUAUAAAUACAAAUUAUACAGCCUUUAUAUAAGCAAAGAAGGAAAUUAUGUAUAUUUUUUGCUAUGAGGAUUAUGUAUUUUUUUGCUAGGAUUCUAUCCAUUAAGCUAUUUGAGCAAUUGUAAAAAUAAAACAGAUGUUUUUAAUUUAAUAUAGUGGCAUGAGAAAACAAUAUUGGAUGGCUUUGCCAUAGCUAAAGAUCUA